AUGACUUUUUCAAACUCUCCUAAACUCGCCAAUUAGGUCGCCGCAGUGGGACAGCCCUUAAAUGAGCAUUGUGUAGGAAAGAACUGCAGAUGCUGGUUUACACCGAAGAGACACUAAAAUGUUGGAGCAACUCAGCGGGUCAGGCGCUGGAGAGAAGACCUUUUCCAGACAACAGCCCAAAUGAACAGUUUGUUGCUGCCUUUCAUGCCAAGGCUCUUUUAAUUUUACAAUGUUAACACCAAUUACAUGAAAGCAACCCGACCCUACCCCUCGCCGUGCGACCGCCAGCACCACUGAUUAGCGUUCGGCAGCAGCGUCGCACGCCGCCGCAUCUGGGCUCGCGUUCUGUCGGAGCCGCGCGCCGCCGUAUCUGGGUCCGCGUUCACGUUCGCGUUCUUCAGCAGCGGCCACGCGCCGCCGGAUCUGGGUCCGCGUUCUACAGCAGCGGCCGCGCGCCGCCUCAUCUGGGCUCGCGUUCUGUCGGAGCCGCGCGCCGCCGGAUCUGGGUCCGCGUUCUACAGCAGCGGCCGCGCGCCGCUGGAUCUGGGUCCGCGUUCUACAGCAGCGGCCGCGCGCCGCCUCAACUGGGCUCGCGUUCUGUCGGAGCCGCGCGCCGCCGGAUCUGGGUCCGCGUUCUGUUGCGUGUUUACGACCAAAGAUACUAGAGGAGCUAUAAUCUUUGUUUACAACUAAGUCGCCAGAGUGCGUUGCAGCAGACGUGGAUCGCGGGCAGUGCUGCAGGUUACAUAGUGCUCGCUCUCUCUCUCACUCACUGCUCACUUAACAAUGAAGAAUGACGGACGCUGCAUUGAUUAAAACCUUCCGGGUGCCAGCCCGGCACGGUUAUGCAGUAGAAAUAUCUCCCUAUUUUCCCUCCAGAGUGGCCUGCGCUACCUCCCAGUACUACGGAAUCGCAGGAUGUGGAACAUUAGUGGUGCUGGAACAGACGGAAACUGGAAUUCACAUAUUCAGGAGUUUUGACUGGAAUGAUAGUCUUUUUGAUGUUACGUGGAGCGAGAACAAUGAACAUGUCCUGGUCACUGGUAGUGGUGAUGGAUCGCUGCAAAUAUGGGACACAGCAGGCCCUUCUGAACCCCUACAAGUCUUCAAAGAACAUACUCAAGAGGUUUACUGUGUGGAUUGGAGUCAAACACGAGGAGAGCAUCUGGUUGUUUCUGGAUCGUGGGAUCAAACUAUCAAAUUAUGGGACCCAUUGGUAAAAGAAUCUCUUUCUACAUUUCGGGGACAUGAAAGUGUGAUUUACAGCACGAUCUGGUCACCGCAUAUACCAGGCUGCUUUGCCUCAGCUGCAGGUGAUCAUACUCUCCGAAUCUGGGAUAUAAAUACAGGAGGAGCCAGAAUAAUAAUUCCAGCUCACCAAGCAGAGAUCUUGACCUGUGACUGGAAUAAAUAUGAUCAGAACUUGAUUGUUACUGGAGCAGUUGAUUGCACUUUACGGUGUUGGGACCUCAGAAAUAUCCGGCAGCCAGUACAUCACCUUGCUGGCCAUUCCUAUGCCAUACGAAGAGUCAAAUUUUCACCCUUCCAUGCAAACAUAUUAGCAUCCUGCUCAUAUGAUUUCAGCGUCAGGUUUUGGGACCUUUCCAAGCCUGACUCAGUGCUUGAAACACUGGAGCACCACACAGAGUUUGUAUGUGGGCUUGAUUUCAGCAUGCAUAUCCCUGGUCAGGUUGCUGAUUGUGCGUGGGAUGAGACCGUGAAGAUCUAUAUUCCAUCUUGCCUUUCAGUUGAUCAUUAAAUUUGGCAUCACUGGACAUCAUGUUCUGUUUCCCAAAAGUACUGUUUGAUGUAUUUCUUUGUAUGCAGUUGUUUGAAACUCAGAGAGGGCAUUAGCUAUUUAGUGAAUUUGAAAAGUUCUAAAGUAAUAUAAUAUAUAUUCAGCUAAAUGUACAGUUUCAUGUCUCGGGCAUGUGCUGAGUAGCACUUAGAAGAAAUAUAUUUUUUCUUGCAUUUUAAUACCUUGUAAUUUAAAUUACUAUAAAGAUUAAGCAAUGUGAUCUACAAAUUUCCAUUUAAUCUGCCCAUCAUUCAGAUUAUUUGAGGAAAUGGUGGAUAAAAUUCAACAUUGUUAGUUCAUCUAUUUAUUUCUUGUGUGAAUUUAUUAGUGGCCAGCCAUUGCUAAGUUUUUGAAAGUAUAUGGCAAUCUGAACAUAUAUUUUGUACUUCAAUUUGUAUAUUUCUCCCUAAUGCUUGGGCCAACCAAGGGUAAAAUUGUUAUUCUUUUUUCUUUGGGACUUGAUCCAGACGGUGAAGAUAACACACUGCCUUAAGAUUACUGUGACCGGAUUCCUUUCAGGCUUUGGUGCAUGGAGGGAUGUGUGGUUGCGAUUCAAGAUUAGUUUUAAUAGAAAAUGGGGCCACAAGAAUCUGCUCAGUUUGAAGAAAGGUCCCGACCAAAACGUCAUCUGUCUCAGUCUGAAGAAGGUUCCCGAUCUGAAAUGUUGUCUGUCCAUACCUCCAUAGAUGCUGCCUGCCACCGAGUUCUUCAAGCACUUUGUCUGAUGUUCAAUAGAAAUUGAUUUGGAACUGUUAUGAUCUGGGAUUUUAUCAACACUUUUUCAUUAUGAUUGAAUGGAGAAAAAAAAUCUUAAUUUAAACUCUUGCCUGAAUAAGAACUUUUUGUUAUUCAGAAAUGAUUUUGUCCUGUCCUGUCCCGUUCCAUUUACAGAUGUUGUGAUCGUUAACACUGACGUGAAGUGGAUAUAUGUUAAUAAGAAUCAAGGUGACUCACA